AUGGUUGCCACGAAAGAAGACAAAGAAUUCAACAAUAAAUGCUUCCAGUACAAGCAGAGGAGCAACAACGGGAAGGGGAAAGCCUACUUCAAUGGCGUUUUGGUCGUAUUGUUUUGGAUCAUCUUCUUAACAAUGAUGGUUUCUUAUGCGAGAGUAGCCGCGCAGUUGCUCAAAGUGUCCAGGGAUAAACCCGACUUGCCGAACGCGCAAAGGUAUCAGCGCACGGCAAAAAAGUCCUUCUUUGUCCUAUUCUUGUUCACGAUAUGUUUUGGGCCAUACCACGCGUUCAGACCGAUCUACAUCAUGUCGCAGCUCAACAACAUCUCCUGCGACUACAUGCGUCUGAUGGACCAGUCCAACGAGGUCAUGCUGCUGUUCUCGGCAUUCAACAGCUGCCUGGAUCCCGUUAUGUACUUUCUCCUGUCGGGAUCCGUGAGGAAAACCGCCUUCAACACCAUAGGACACGGACUGAGCUCGCGGCUCAUGUCCGUCAACAAUGCCACGUCCAACAGCUCCAUCAUGGACACCCGAAGAGCGUCCGUGCCCUGUGCUUUCCCCGUGAACGACUCGAACACUCGCAGCAGUGGGAUUCUGUACAGCACCAUGAGGAAGACCAGUUUAGUGGCUUCUACUGGUCACAAAUGA